AUCCACCGGCGUUAUCUCUCUCAAAAGUCAAAACUACACCUUUUUUUUCCCGGAUUCCGGUGACCGCCAUCCCUCUUUUUGUUCAGUUCUUUCUCUGCAUCUCAAUCCAUUGUUUAUUUUUUUCAUCGCCCCUCUAGCUCCUUCAAGCCACCCCUUCUUCUAUCUUCUUCUACCAUGGGUCCGCUAUUCUUCAACCCUAAACUCAAUAUCCUACCAACACCCCUCUCCUCCUCUCCGUUAUUAUUCCCUCCUCUCCUCAAUCCCACUCCUCAACUAUCUCUCUCCUGGUUUCUUUCCACAUACGCUCUCCUUCUCUCCACGGCUCACUUCAUUGCCUCCCUCUUUGGUACCAACUCCUACCAUGACCCUGUUGCCAUGUCAUUUUUCUCUCACAAUCGCGUCCAGUUGCUUCACUGCCCUGACCACAACAUUACUCUAGUGUUCUUCUCAACUGGGUCCAACCAUGACCAAGUUGGGUUUUGGUUCUUCAGGUGAAAGAGAAUAAAUUGGAGGUUGCAAGCAAUGAAAACAAUGACGAUUUUUGUCGCAAAGUACCAAAUUAAUCAAAAGAUCUUGAGGAUUUUGGUGAACCCAGUUGGUGAUUUUGACGAUUGUUUAGGUCAGCAAUGGACUCAAUAUUGGAGACAAAAAACAGAAUUUUGCUGCAUACAUAUUAAGCAACUGAUGAUCAGCUAGAUUUGGGAUCCUACAUUACACAGAAAAUGACUCAUCAAAUUACUCAGGCUUAUAUUUAUUCUCUUUUUUAAUUCGAUUAAGUGCUAAUGUCUAUACUAAAUCUCUCCUUUUUAUAUUUUUUAUAUUUGGAGUUUAGGAAGAAAAUUGUUAACAAAGAACAUCUAUACUCUCCAGCAACACAGCCUGGGACAACCACCUGCAUGGGAAAAAAACAAAAGUAGAAACUAGGGAGCUCCUCUAAAGGCAAAUGGAGUGAGGGCUAGCAGUUCCUCAACUACACUUUUUGGAUGCAAAAAGCUGAAAGCUGGGCAUAGAAGAUGAAGGCAUUCUCCUUUUUGUGAAAUAGAAGGGAAUCAAACCUAAAAAAAUGUAGUUUUUAUAAAUCUAUUCGUAUUGUAUAACCUACUAAUCAUAUGUUAACAAAAAAAAUUAUAAUAAUGCUAAAAUUACAAA